AAAUAACCACGAAGUAGCAAUCAAAACAAAUGAUUGGCAAAAAGACAAAAAAUAGUAAACAGACGAAACAUUUUUUGAGAGCGGUAGCAGCGUUAUUUCUUCAAAUAAGAAAAAAUUAUUGUUUUAUAUUAUUCUAAGAAUAUUAAUUAGUUAUAUUUUAAUUCCUUCCUGCGAUUAUAGAAACAUAUUUUUCAGUAUGUCUUUCAUAUUCUGGGAAAAAACAAAAAAUACAAAUUUGGAAAACUAUACUCUUAUUUUGCCUGCCAUUGCUGUUGGAAAUGUUGGGCAGUUAGCAAUAGAUUUAUUACUUAGAAAUCUAAAUGUAGACAAUCUUGCUUAUCUCCAUCAUCCAUGUUUCUUACCUUUUGCUGGAGCAGAUGCUUUUGAUCCCCAAAGCGAUAAGUUAUCAACAAGUUGUCAAAUGUAUGAAUGUAAAGAAAAAAGACUUGUUAUCAUUCAGCAUAGAGCUCCAUUAGUCAAUAGUAGAGUGAAAGAAUAUCUGGACUUUCUUACAAAAUUCAUAAAGGAUCACAAAAUCAAAAGAACUAUUAUGUUGUCAAGCAGCUUUUCUCAGUAUUUUGCUUUUGAACAACUAGAAAAUGUGCCGUUGCAUUAUUUAUGUUCAAGCAAUGUAGAAAAUGAAUCUAGAUUUGGAAAAUUGUCUUGGAAGAAAUUUAACUUGGCGCUACCUCAUGUACCAGCUAUACCAGGAAGUGGAAUUUCAAAACUGUUCUUAGAUAUGUGUGAAGAACAAAAUAUUCCUGUUGUGGUGCUCAUCAUGGUAUGUUCUGAGGGGGGCAACUACAGUGAAGCUUAUCAAAUGGUUUCCAAUCUGAAUAAAUGGCUGCAAAUCAAAGAAGGGGAUUCUGAAAAAAUAAGGUGGGUGCAGCCGUUUUCUUGGAGUUACCCUUACGCUAAUGAUGCGCCUGCAGUUAUGUAUUGAAAAAAAAAUGUAUUUUUGUAUUUAUAUUUAUUAAAAAUAAAAUUUAAAAUUUUA